AUGCAGCGGGCCGCGCUCUUCGCCGACGGCCGGGCGGCGCCCCUGGCUGCGGGGGACGUGGGCGAGCUGCUGGUGCCCUACAUGCCCACCGUCCGCGUGCCCAAGGCCGGCGACCGCGUCUACAAGGCCGAGUGCGCCUUCUCCUACGACUCGCCGUAUUCCGAAGGAGGCCUCUAUGUGUGCAUGAAGACUUUCCUGGGAUUUGGAAGGGAACAUGUGGAAAGGCAUUACCGGAAGACGGGACAGUGCGUGUUCAUGCAUCUGAAGCGGCACAUGAGAGAGAAGGUAACAGGGGCAUCUGGUGGAGCUUCACCAAAAAGGAGAAACACCAAGCUAUUUUUAGAUCUAGAAUCCAACGGCGAUUUAAACAAUGACGAUUACGAAUACGAGGAUGAAGCCAAACUCGUCAUAUUCCCCGAUCACUAUGAGAUCCCUUUGCCCAAUAUAGAAGAGUUACCAGCACUGGUUACCAUAGCUUGCGAUGCGGUCCUCAGUUCAAAAUCUCCUUAUCGAAAGCAAGAUCCCGAAUCGUGGGAGGAAGAGCCUCAAGUUUCCAAACAUGCCAACAGCCUUGUACAGAUGGACAACGGAGUCAGGAUUCCACCAAGCGGCUGGAAAUGCUCGAAGUGCGACCUGAGGGAGAACCUUUGGCUGAACCUGACGGAUGGGUCAGUAUUAUGUGGAAAGUGGUUCUUUGACGGCUGCGGGGGAAAUGGACACGCCCUGGAACACUAUAAGGAGAUGGGCUAUCCAUUAGCAGUGAAGCUUGGAACAAUUACUCCAGACGGCGCAGACGUCUAUUCCUUUGAUGAAGAAGAGCCAGUUUUGGACCCACGCAUAGCUAAACACUUGGCACAUUUUGGAAUUGAUAUGCUGCAGAUGCAUGCGACAGAGAACGGCCUGAGGGAUAAUGAGAUAAAGCCCAGGGUCUCCGAAUGGGAAGUGAUCCAGGAAGCUGGUAUGAAGCUGAAGCCGAUGUUCGGCCCGGGCUACACCGGCAUGAAAAACCUGGGCAACAGCUGUUACAUCAGCAGCCUCAUGCAGGCCCUUUUCAGCAUCCCCGAAUUUCAGAGAAUGUAUGUGGGAAACCUUCCAAGGAUAUUUGACUAUUCCCCUCUGGACCCAACCCAAGAUUUUAACACACAGAUGGCUAAAUUGGGACACGGCCUCCUCUCCGGGCAAUACUCUAAACCGCCCGUGAAGUCCGAACUCAUCGAACAGGUGAUGAAAGAAGAACACAAGCCUCAGCACAAUGGCAUUUCCCCGCGCAUGUUCAAAGCGUUUAUAAGCAAAGGGCACCCAGAAUUCUCUUCCAGUCGGCAACAAGAUGCACAGGAGUUUUUCCUGCACCUUAUAAAUUUAAUAGAGAGGAACCGCAUCGGCUCCGAAAACCCCAGUGACGUCUUCCGGUUUUUGGUGGAAGAGCGCACACAGUGCUGCCAGUCCCGGAAAGUCCGGUACACGGAGAGGGUCGAUUAUAUCAUGCAGCUGCCUGUGCCGAUGGAGGCCGCGAGAAACAAAGAUGAACUGAUUGCCUACGAACUGAAGAGGAGAGAGGCGGAAACGGCCAGGAGGCCCCCUCCAGAGCUCGUCCGUGCCCGGAUCCCAUUCAGUGCCUGUUUGCAGGCUUUUUUGGAACCGGAGAAUGUAAUCGACUUCUGGAGCAGCGCCCUUCAAGCCAAGUCUGCUGGAGUUAAAACUUCUCGCUUCGCAUCAUUUCCUGAGUACCUCGUAGUACAGAUAAAGAAAUUCACUUUUGGCCUUGACUGGAUACCCAAAAAGCUCGAUGUUUCCAUAGACAUGCCAGAUCUUUUGGACAUCAGUCACCUCCGUGCCACAGGCCUGCAACCAGGAGAAGAGGAACUUCCAGACAUCUCUCCGCCCAUUAUCAUUCCCGAUGACCCCAAAGAUGGCAUGAUGAACCAUUUCAUGGACCCCCCAGACAUUGACGAAUCCUCAGUCAUGCAGCUAGCAGAAAUGGGUUUUCCGCUCGAGGCGUGUCGGAAGGCUGUGUACUACACUGGCAACAUGGGUGCAGAGGUGGCUUUCAACUGGAUCAUUGCCCACAUGGAAGAACCAGAUUUUGCAGAGCCAUUAGCCGUUCCCAGCUACGGAGCAGCCGCUUAUCCAGGGGCAGGUGUGCCAGGAGCUCUGGGGUUGGAUAACCACCCUCCAGAAGAGAUGGUGGCCAUCGUUGCCUCUAUGGGCUUCCAGCGGAACGUGGCUAUCCAGGCACUGCGGGCAACGAACAAUAAUUUGGAACAUGCCAUAGAGUGGAUCUUCAAUCACCCGGAUCCCGAAGGGAGCGAAACCACUUCUGAGGCUCUGGACAUGGAGAACCAUGUGAAUGCCAACAUCCUCGCAGAAUCGGAUCUGGAGGGGCCCAGGAUCAAAGAUGGGUCCGGACGAUAUGAGCUCUUUGGGUUCAUCAGUCACAUGGGAACAUCAACAAUGAGCGGCCAUUACGUUUGCCAUGUCAAAAAGGAGGGAAGAUGGGUGAUCUACAAUGACCUGAAAGUCUGUGCCUCCGAGCGACCACCCAAAGAGCUGGGCUAUAUUUACUUCUAUCACAGGAUACCAAGUUAGGCCUCAGUUGUGUCUCUAGGCCUUAGGAAGCCAUAGCCUUUUUAUUCUGCCAAAUA